AUGAGCAAUCAGUCAUCAGAUAUUCAGCGAUUCCUGAUCGAGUUAAUCAACUCAUCAAAGCCGAAGGUGUCGCCCAACAGGGCCAUCAGGUUCCCUGUCGAGCCCAUGACAGAUGAAGAUUUAGAGUUUUUCAAACUUGCCAAUGAAGUGGUCAAGAAGCAUCAGUAUCGCAUAGACCCUACCAUCCGAGACAUCUUGAACAGGCUUCAAUAUGCACACUCGCCACACGGGGGUCUUCCUAUCGCGAGAGAGUAUUUGGGUGCGCAGGCAAACGGGCUGAUUGGCCAACGCGAGUUCCCGUCGGCUGCAGAGAUGGAACCGAGAGGAAGUCGCAGCUCGGAGAUGUUCCCUCACUUAGACCAAGAUGUUUUCAAACGCCAACAACAAUACCAUAACGGUCAGGUGGGAUCCUCUUUGUACGCGCAACAAGCAGAAUCACAGAAUACAGAACUUAUAAGCCAACUAGCUGCCAGCAUCAAGAGCAUGGACCCUGUGGCACAGCAGGAGCUACUGCAAAAGCUCUCCGGAGCGAUGUCUACGAACGGGUCAUCACAGUCACCUAACUCGUCAUCUACGCAUCCACAACAACUGCCGCUGCUUCAGGGACUCGGAUUCCUGGGGACGGCUCAAAACACUAGGGAAAACGAACGGGUUCCGAAUUCCAACCACUCUACGGCGACAACUCCCGAGCCACAGCCAAAAAGUCAUGUUUGCGGAACAUGCUCCAUGACGUUCAAGCGCUCGUCGGACCUCAAAAGACACGAGAAAAUCCACUUGGAGGUGCCUCCGAACAUCUGCCCGCAGUGUCAGAAAGGGUUUGCUCGCAAAGACGCAUUGAAACGACACAUAGACACGCUGACAUGCAAGCGCAACAGGGAGCGUUUAUUGUCGAAGCUUAAUGAGGAGAACUUGAGCGAUUCAGAGUGA